CGCUGGCUAACUCGGUCCAGCAGAAGCAGCAGGCACUUGGUAGGAGCCCAGAGCCCUGACAACAUUAGCGGCUGCUCCACUCUCUGCCGGACCGCUUUAAUGCCCACAUUGCGAUCACACAGCUCCGAGCAACGGCGAACUUUCGGAGCGCAUAUCUUGGGGUUCUGAUCAUCUGAAAUCUUGCCUCCACUGGCCUAACUGCUGGUCAGUUGAGGGGCCCUAACAGAGGGAGGGCCCUAACUUUGCUCCAGGUGCCCUCUGAAUUUCACUGGUUCGUGAUUGGAAUCGCUUGUGUGGAGUUGUUAGUUUUCCAACUACUUGUUCAGAAGCAUGUCCUCCAUCCUGCCAUUCACUCCACCUGUGGUGAAGAGGCUGUUGGGUUGGAAGAAGUCAACCAGUGGGCCUGGUGGAGCAGGUGGUGGAGACCAGAAUGGUCAGGAGGAGAAGUGGUGCGAGAAGGCAGUGAAGAGCUUGGUGAAGAAGCUGAAAAAGACGGGCCAGCUAGAUGAACUGGAAAAAGCUAUCACAACACAGAACUGCAACACCAAGUGUGUCACUAUCCCCAGCAAUUGCUCAGAAAUUUGGGGUCUGAGUACACCAAAUACGAUAGAGCAGUGGGAUUCAUCAGGCCUAUACAGCUACCCGGACCAAACCAGAUCCCUAGAUGGACGCAUGCAGGUUUCUCACAGGAAGGGGCUCCCCCAUGUUAUUUACUGCCGCUUGUGGCGAUGGCCGGACCUUCACAGCCACCAUGAGCUGCGGGCCAUCGAGGCCUGUGAGUAUGCCUUCCACCUCAAGAAGGACGAGGUCUGCAUCAAUCCCUACCACUACCAGAGGGUGGAGACACCAGUGCUGCCUCCCGUUCUUGUGCCAAGACACUCAGAAAUCUUGACUGAGCUGCCGCCUCUGGAUGACUAUACUCAUUCCAUACCUGAGAACACAAACUUUCCUGCAGGAAUCGAGCCUCCAAAUAAUUAUAUACCAGAGACACCACCACCAGGCUACAUCAGUGAGGAUGGGGAGGCCAGUGAUCAACAGAUGAAUCAAAGUAUGGAUACAGGUUCACCCGCAGAGCUGUCCCCCAGCACCUUGUCACCGGUUAAUCACAGCAUGGACCUGCAGCCAGUUACCUAUUCAGAACCGGCCUUCUGGUGCUCGAUAGCUUACUACGAGCUCAACCAGCGCGUGGGAGAGACAUUCCACGCCUCCCAACCCUCACUGACAGUAGAUGGAUUCACAGACCCGUCCAACUCUGAGAGGUUCUGCUUGGGUUUGCUGUCUAAUGUCAACAGGAAUGCCACUGUGGAGAUGACCAGGAGGCACAUAGGAAGGGGAGUUCGACUUUACUACAUUGGCGGAGAGGUAUUUGCAGAGUGCCUGAGUGAUAGUGCCAUCUUUGUUCAGAGUCCAAAUUGCAACCAGCGAUACGGCUGGCAUCCCGCAACAGUGUGUAAAAUUCCACCAGGAUGUAAUUUAAAAAUCUUCAACAACCAGGAAUUUGCCGCUCUCCUCGCACAGUCUGUAAACCAGGGCUUUGAAGCCGUCUACCAACUGACUAGAAUGUGCACCAUCCGCAUGAGCUUCGUCAAAGGCUGGGGAGCGGAGUACAGGCGGCAGACCGUAACAAGCACUCCGUGCUGGAUCGAGCUACAUUUGAACGGUCCACUGCAGUGGCUAGACAAGGUUCUGACCCAGAUGGGCUCCCCGUCUGCACGCUGCUCAAGUAUGUCCUAAACUGGACCACCCUCGCCCCAAAAAGAAAAGAAAUCAGCCCAUUACAAAGAUCUUUAAAUUCUUUUCGUGUGAGUCAUGAAUCAUGGAUAAACCUCUGAAUGAAUUUUCUGUAACGUACUUCAUGUGGCGAAAGUUCCACAUCCCUCUUUAAACUUCAAUACACAACACUAUUGCACUCACACACUCUCAUAAGAAUUUCUCAGCAAAGAAUUUGGCACUUUGUUCUCAUCUACGUCAUGCACCUUGUUAAAUUGCUUUCCCUAAAUCCUUGAUAUUAGAUCUAUUUGUGGUACAAAUAAAAUGUAUAUUGGUUUUAGUCCAGGAAGUAGAUAUACCAAAAAUAUCUGUGAAGACUUUCUCAGUAUUGAAGAGUGCUUGUAUGAGUAAUGCAAGCUUGAACGCGAAGUGAUUUGUGUCCAGGCUGACCAUUGUUCUGAACAAAAGUGUAUUUUUCUCCAGGGAUCUGGGCUCCGUAUUUUUGUUUUCCCAGAGGAAACGUAAUGACUACGUAGACGCGGCUCUCCUCCUUGGGGAAGCUGCGCAGUGUGUUCAAUUGGGUUCAGCUGACAUGGAAGGUGCCAUCUUGGCCUACCUUUUUAAGCUUUUGCUGUGUCUUUAUAAGACACACUUGUUAAUUAAAUAGGAAUGUCGGGUAGAAAAGACACAUUUAAGCCCGAAAUAACUGAAGUCAGUGUGGCUGUAGCUCGAGUCUUUGUCAUUAUAUGGCACUGUUAGUGUCCUUAGAUCUCUUGAAUGGCCUGUCACCGCACAGCCUGGCUGUGUUGGGUGGACAGGCCGGUGCAAGGGAGCGCUGGGCGGGAACCAGAGAGCAUCUGCUCGCUCUUCUUUCCUCCUUUACACGACACUGGGAAUUCUGGGCGUCUUGAAGGUGGAGCGUUAAGGCCUCACCAGGAGAAAUUGAAGGUAUCAAUGAAUUCAUUCUGUUUUUAGCCUAUAUCCCAUUGUUUUGCUACUUUUUUGUAUUCUCAUGUAUUUUUCUAUAUAAAUAUACUUAAACUUUUUGUCGUUCACUUUUUAUUAAAGUAAUAUUUUCAAGACCACAGAUGUUUUUAAACUAAUGUAGAGGACACAAUCCUCACUUUCCGUUGCAGCUCAGUUGCAAAUCACUGCCCCACAAAUUCAGUAUUCACUUGCCCCACGUUUUUUCCAAAGAAUAUAAGAAUUUAAGAUACUCAAAACUGUAAUUUUCAGGAAAUGUUUAUGAUCGUUCCAGGGUCCUAAAAUCCUUGGUAUUAAUCUCCUUGUUUUUUUUUUUAAGAAAAUUGAACUAAACCAGAUGAAGACUUGUAUCCUAUGAUAGGGUUUACCAAAAAUCAUGGGCUCUCCUAAUGUUACAGGACAUGUGGGAGGAGAGCGUUUAGUAAAAAAGGAAGUGUGAAUGUGCCUGCACUCUGGGACAUUCGGUGUUUACGUGUCUGUAUUUGUCUGUUCUGUCUGUAAAAUACAGUCUAUAUCAGGACUCACUCAGUUUCUUCCCUCAAUGUCAGUAUGUGGCUGUAAACAUGUUUUCUCCCUUCUUGAUGUAAAUGUGUUCACCUCAUGGCACUAGUGAUUGUACUGCAAGUGCACCUAGUGAUGUGUGGAUUUGGGGGAAAUGAAUCAUGUGUUUGGGUCCAGUGUUACAUUGUUUUUAUCUUUGGCCUACAACAUAUGAAUGUGAAAAAAAGAAACCUUACAAAAACCGAAGUGGACCAGACGUACAUAUACAUAAUAGUAGUACAGUAUGUGAGUAUUUAACAGUAAUCUUUUUUGCAAAAGCAGACAGUACAGUAGUUGUCGCUGUUGUUUUACCAGUAGAGGGCGGUAUUAAUAGAGCAAUUCUUUUUUUUCUGACAUAAGCUUCUCAGGCGUGUGACAUAUUAUGCAGACUUCAUAAAACACUAAUAAA